UCGUACCUAUUUCUUUUAAGUAUGAUGAUGUUGUUAAGGAGAAAAACAGAAACAAACCAUGGAUUACAUAGCCAUUUUUGGAGGAUUAGUCCUUGCCUGGACUUUGGUCAAAAUCCUCUGUCUGGUACAAGAAAUUAGAAGCAGAGGAUAUAACAACAGGAAACUUCCACCAGGUCCAAUCCAUUUACCCUUCAUAGGUAAUCUUCAUAACUUACUAGGUGAACAACCACACAAGUCCCUAGCAAGGCUUGGCAAGAAAUAUGGUCCAAUAUUCAGCCUGAAAUUGGGGAACACAACCACAAUGGUGAUAUCUUCAUCAGCUGGUGCUAAAGAAGUCCUUCAAAAGCAAGAAUUAGCAUUUUCAAGAACAGUCCCAGAUGCAAUGCAUGCCCACAACCAUCACCAAUUUUCUGUAAUAUGGCUGUCUAUGGAUAAUCGAUGGAGACAACUCCGGAAAAUCUUGAAUACUUAUAUCUUCUCAGGGAACAGGCUUGAUGCAAACCAGUAUCUGAGGUCUAGGAAGAUCAAAGAACUUAUUGCUUAUUGCCAGAAGCAUAGCCAAACAGGGGAGGCAGUUGAUAUUGGCCAAGCUACUUUCUAUACCUCAUUAAGUUUACUUUCCAAUACCAUUUUCUCCAGGGAUUUUGCCGACCCCUAUGUAAAUUCAGGUAAAGAAUUUAGAGAAUUAGUUUGCAAAUUUAUGAAGGAGUUUGGUAAGCCCAACAUUGUGGAUUUCUUCCCUAUUCUAAAAAGGAUGGAUCCUCAAGGGAUUAGGCGACGUAUUAGCAUUCAUGGGGGGAUGUUGCUUAAGCUUUUUGAGGGGUUAAUCGAUGAACGCAUGGAGCACAGGAAGUUGCAAACUCGUACUAGUAGCAACGACGUUCUUGAUGUACUGCUCAAUGUUAGCCAAGAAGAUCCCAAGGCAAUUGAAAAAAAGGACAUAGAACAUAUGUUCCUGGACCUUUUUGUUGCUGGAACUGAAACAACUUCAAAUACAGUGGAAUGGGCAAUGGCAGAGGUCAUGAAAAACGCAAAUGUAAUGAGAAAAGCCCAAACCGAGCUCGAAGAAGUUAUUGGCAAAGGCAAAGUAAUAGAAGAAAAAGAUAUUUCCGUCCUCCCUUAUUUGCAAUGCAUCGUGAAAGAAACCAUGCGAUUACACCCACCGGGCCCCUUUUUCUUGCGCAAUGCCAAACAAGACGUCGAGGUGUGUGGUUACUUUGUCCCUAAGGGCUCUCUAGUUGUAGUUAAUGUUUGGUUAAUGGGCCGCGACCCAAAUAUUUGGGAGGACCCUUUGGUAUUUAAGCCCGAGAGAUUUUGGGGUUCGGAGUUUGAGGUUCGAGGCCAAGAUUUCGAGUUAAUUCCAUUUGGUGGGGGUCGGAGAAUAUGCCCUGGCUUACCUUUGGCAAUGAGGAUUGUUCCGGUUAUAUUGGGUUCAUUGUUGAAUUCAUUUGAUUGGAAGGUUGAAGGGGAAAUAGCACCAAAAGACUUGGACAUGGAAGAAAAGUUUGGUCUUACAUUAGCAAAAUCGUGUCGUCUACGCGUCGUACCUAUUCCACUUUGAAGGUUUGUCACACAUUGGCCUUGUACCAUGAUCUAACGGAUCUAUAAACUAUUUUUGAAAGUAGAUGGGCAAAUCUAAAGCUUUUAU